CUGACUACAUUUUUUUCUUCAUGACGGGGAUUUCCUGAGGAAGUAAGACCAAAGGGGGCUUUCCAACCACUGAGACAUCAACAGCAGAACAGUCAGCAGCGGCUCCUUUUCUGCUAUAUUCCCUUAUGGAUUUUUCUGUAUUUCCUUCAACAAAAUGUUUUCACAAAGCCUCUAGCUGCCUAUUUAGAAACCAACGGAGUUUGGUCGUUUCCAUCAUACGCGGCUACAUUGCGGUGUUCGCGUUCAUGAACGUGCCAUUCACCGACGCUUCAUUUGUAACAUUGUAGCUCCUGAAAAACGGCGUUGCUUUGGCCAACGUUACAGAUCUGAUUCAUGUCAUGUCAGCGGGGAGGAAUGUGGACGGACGGGAGCUGCAGAUCCCCCUCCAGCAACUCUCUCCCUCCCUGGCCGCUCUCUCUCUGGCUCAGCGCCCCUGGUCCAGCGAGGCAGAGGCGGGCUUCCUGCCACAGCACGGGGGCUUCAGGGACCACUUCGUAGCCACACCGGAGCCCAAGUACUGCUGCGAGGCCUGCAGGCUGGUGCUCUGCAACCCCAGGCAGACGGAGUGCGGACACCGUUUCUGUGAGAGCUGCAUCUCCGAGCAGCUCAGUAAACCCAAUCCAGUAUGUCCGGCGGAUAUGGAACCUCUGUUUAAAGACAAGGUCUUCCGUGACGUGUGCUGCCAUAGAGAGAUCAUGGCUCUGAAAGUGUACUGCAGGAGUGAGAAGAACGGCUGUAAAGAGCUGAUGAGUCUACAGCAGGUCAUGGACCAUUUGAACGUGUGUCCCUACUUUGAGGUGCCGUGCCCUUUGGGAAAGUGCAAAGAGAAGAUGAUGCGCAAAGACAUUCCUGAACACUUGAGUUGGAAAUGUAAACACAGAGAGACUACCUGUGAAUUCUGUAUGCACAAGAUGGCAAUGACUGAAUUACAGAAACACAAAGAAACCAUUUGCCCGUCAUUUCCUGUGGCCUGCCCAAAUCAUUGUACUUUUUCGUCCAUCUUACGUAGUGAGCUGCCAAGUCAUCAACACGAAUGUCCCAAGGCACAGGUCAACUGUUCCUUCACCCGCUUUGGAUGCAAUUUCAAGGGUCUCAAUCAAGAUAUGAGGGACCACGAAUCCAGCUUUGCCUCUGAACACCUACGGUUGAUGGCGACCAGGAACACUAACCUGGAGGCCAAGGUGGAGGACGUGAAAGCAGAGCUUCUGGAGCGGUACAAGGUUCUGCCGGGCCUGAGCAGCCGUCUGUCUGAAACCGAGUCUCAGUACGACGAGAUGAGGGAGAAGUACAGACAACUUGAGCAGAAGCUCAACACCAUGCAGAAGUUGAUGAGCUCGCACUCCGAGAAGCUCCUGGAGAUGGAGCUGGAGGUGAGGUCUCUGAGGACUGUCCGAGAGGAGGUGGAGAGCCUCCGGAGCACCGUGGAGAGCAUCCGCUCCAGGGUGGCCACGCUGGAAGGAGGGCGGAGCGGGGCCAACCCAGCCACGCACACACUAGGUCCUUUAGAGACGCAGCUCUCCCGUCACGAUGACAUGCUGAGCGUCCAUGAGAUCCGCCUGGCCGAUAUGGACCUGCGCUUCCAGGUCCUGGAGACGGCCUCGUUCAACGGGACGCUCAUCUGGAAGAUCCGCGACUACAAGCGGCGGAAACAGGAAGCGGUGGCGUCCAAGACCCUGUCUCUUUACAGCCAGCCUUUCUACACUGGCUACUUCGGCUACAAGAUGUGCGCCCGGGUUUACCUGAACGGAGACGGCAUGGGGAAGGGGACCCACCUGUCUCUGUUUUUUGUGGUGAUGCGCGGCGAGUAUGACGCCCUGCUGCCCUGGCCCUUUAAACAGAAGGUGACCCUCAUGCUCAUGGACCAGGGCCCAGCCCGGAAGCACCUAGGGGACGCCUUCAAACCGGACCCCAACAGCAGCAGCUUCAGACGGCCCACGGCGGAGAUGAACAUUGCCUCGGGAUGCCCGCUGUUCGUGGCCCAGACCGUGCUGGAGAACGGUACUUACAUCAAAGAUGACACCAUCUUCAUUAAGGUCACAGUGGACACGUCUGACCUCCCUGACCCCUGACCCUUGACAUCUGGUAUGUGGAGAACAGCAGAUCCGGAUCAGUUGUAACUAUCUGAGGGAGGGGUGCCCUUAUGUGAGAGAGAUUGCAAGACAGACUGGAGGAGGCGGGAAGAAGGUUGUAGGACGAGAACGGAAGCGUUAGCAGAGUAAGGAUUCUUGGCAGAUCUCAAGGUGUGUGUGAACCCGCUGAAUGAGGUGGCUUGACCUAAGAGCAGAGGUGUUGGGUAGCUGUCGUCGCUCACACAGAGAAGGAGCGGCUUCUGUUAGGACGGAGGAGAGGUGUCACCAUGGGCAGGCAGUUGUAAUAGAGCAGUGAUUUGAUUCUAACAAAAGGCCUGUGUUACUCACAACGGGGAUAGAUAUAAAUGGCAGUAAAGAGUGGAUCAUUCUUACUUAUCAGGACAUAACCAUCAAACUACAUGGACCCGGUGUAUAUGUAUAAUGGUCUACGAAGACCAACGAUCAUGAAAGAGUGGAGACAGUGAAUAUAUUCAGACAUUGAUGAAUAUGAGCAGGACAGGGCAGCGAGCGUUCAGCGGGUCGAGGUGCGGCCACAAAUGAGAGGAAAUAGUUGGGCUCAGCACGCCUACCUCCUGUAAUAUUAAAUGUCUCUAAGGAGUGGUUCCCCAUGAAACCAGGACAAAAGAAGACUAGGAUUUAUGGCAUUGUUGUCCAUAGACGUAUAAAAACGAGAAAUUAUAUUAUUGUUAACUAUUAUGUUAUUAUUAUUUGAUGCUUUAUCUGACAAAACCCCCAGGUAUCCCUUUAAUACUGCUAAAGAAAAUGUAUGCUCUGGUUUGUGAAGCGGAUAUGUUGCUUGUAAAAGGAUUCAACCCCCAUACAAUUAAUAUUUGGUAUAGCUUUUUUUUAUUAAGUAUGUACCAUGUUGGGGAGAUUUUGGCCCUUGGCAUGUUUUCUCCAGAUUGUUUAGGUUGGUUCUAUGAUUAAAGUGCCACAGAUUCUCCAUGUGUUUGAGAUUUUGACUGGGCCUCUGUAGGACAUUCACUUUUUUGGAAUUAAAUCACUGCAAUGAUCUUUUGGCUUUGUGUUUGAGAUCAUUUCGUCCCAAUUAUAGUAUUUCAGUUUUACAUUCUGCAAAUCUUUUCCAAAAUAAAACCAAUGUCAUACAAAACAUUUUCAGUGUCAGGGUGAAAAAAAAACCAAUUGCAAUUCAGUAGUAUUACAGAAUUGGUCAGGUGUUUUUUUUUGCAAGGCACUGUAUAAUGAAAUCUGUAGAUUAUUUUUGGCUUUAGUGCAGGUGAUUGUCAGUUUUCAGCCUGGUUAUUGGAAAGUAUAUAGGUCAAUUUAUUUUUCUGCAUAAUUAGUCAGUUUACAUCGAAAGACACUUUACAUCCCAAAUUAAUUCAACAUGUUUUAAAUGAAAAAAUUCCUAGAUUUGUUAGCAUUGUCUAGUUUGAAUGUGAAGAUUUAUUCAAAAUGGUCACACUACUUGGGAAGGCUAAAAUCUCAUGAAUCUAAAACCUUGGUUCAUUAUAUUUUUAGAUACAAAAUGUCAAGUGGUUGUCAAACAUUGCCCCUUUAAAGGAGAAUUCUACUUCUAACAUUUGGUCCGAAUACCAAAAUGUUAGUUUUUUCACCUGGUUUCAAAACGACUAAAACUGAGACUAGGGGUUAAAUCUCCUAACUGGGGUUGAGGAGAUACCAUUUAUGGUUGUGUUUGUGUUGUGUUAGCGAUUCUGAUGAAGUUUGGUCAUAUUAUUGCAUAGUUAAAGUACAGAAUGAAACGUACAGUUUGUAUCCGGUGUUGUGAUGGUGUUGGAGAACGUUGAAAAAUUGACUUGCUUUUACUAACAGGCCUAGUGUGAGUAGUAGUGUAUUGUGUGCAGGCUGAAGCCUGUCUCUUAUUACAGAUUUGGUUUUAGUGGACCUCGAACCUGACAGUAUAAAAAUGUCUGUAUCUGAAUUGGCAUUCUGUUUCCUAUACAAUGCACAAUGGCUAGAUAUGUGAUGUGGGCUAUGUUGUGUUCAGGUGCAAAGGAAUGGAUACACUGGGAUAGCAAUGCCACUGUUCGGUGGAGUUAAAGAAUAUGAGUAACCUUUCAUUUGGAAGAUCUAUGUAGAUCUGUAAAAUACUUAUAUACUGCUUUUUUUUUUUUUACCAAUAACUUACACAUUAUUGUUUUCGUAAUGUUCAAAACGGAUGCUGUGCAUCAUGACUAUUUUUUAUUUUUCAACAGUUGGGAAAGCAAAAGAUGCCUCGUUAAAACUCCAACCAUGUUGAUUGAGCUGAGACAUAAAGUGGACUUGUUUUUCAGAUGGUUGGUGGAGAAUGUUAUUUGCACAAGUUAUGUUUGAAUGUCUAAUAUUAAAAUUGUUCAACAGAAAUUGAA